UCCACCACAACUUUCUAAAUCAAUCAACAAUGACAACCCAAAUUCUUCUCUGUUUCUUCCUCUUCUUCUCGGCGACUCUCUCUUCAUCGUCUCACCCUAAAAACUUGAGUGUUGAGCUGAUCCACCGUGACUCUCCCCUUUCCCCAUUACAACCCAAAAACACUGUCUCCGACCGCCUUAACGCCGCUUUCCUCCGCUCCAUCUCUCGUUCCCGCCGCCUCAACAACAUUUUAUCUCAAACGAUCUCCAAUCCGGUUUAAUCGGAGAUGGCGAGUUCUUCAUGAGUAUCACCAUUGGCCUUGUCGAGUAGCGAACGUGGAUGCGACGAAUCCAAAAUGUAUGCAAGUACCGUUACUCGUACGGUGACCAGUCGUUCAGCAAAGGUGACGUUGCCACGGAAACCAUCUCUAUUGACUCUGCUUCAGGGUCCCCUGUUUCUUUUCCUGGUACUGUUUUCGGUUGCGGCUACAAUAACGGUGGUACCUUCGACGAGACUGGUUCCGGAUCAUCGGUCUCGGUGGCGGCCAUUAUCUCUAAUCUCCCAGCUCGGUUCGUCGAUUUCGAAGAAAUUCUCUUAUUGCUUGUCUCACAAUCGAUAAAGAGCCCUUACUUACUACUACUUGACGCUCGAAGCCAUCUCCGUCGGGAAGAAAAAGAUCCGUACACCGGAAGCUCGUAUAACCCAAACAACGGCGGAAUCUUCUCGGAGACGUCAGGAAACAUCAUCAUCGACUCUGGAACAACGCUAACACUCCUCGACUCAGGUUUCUUUGACAGGUUUGGCGUGGCGGUUGAGGAAUCAGUGACCGGAGCUAAGCGCGUGAGUGAUCCACAAGGGCUUUUGUCACACUGUUUCAAAUCCGGAAGUGCAGAGAUUGGUUUGCCGGAGAUAACGUGCAUUUCACGGGCGCCGAUGUGAGACUGAGUCCGAUCAACGUGGUUUGUGAAGUGAGUGAAGAUAUUGGUUUGCUUGAGUAUGAUUCCGACCACCGAGGUUGCCAUCUAUGGGAACUUUGCUCAGAUGGAUUUUCUUGUUGGGUAUGACUUGGAGACGAGAACGGUGUCGUUUCAACGCAUGGAUUGCUCUGCAAAUUUGUGAUUUAAGACGGCGUCGUAUCGUACUUAAUUUUAUAUUAUCCAUGAUGUACCAUAUGAUUGUUAUGGAGAUAUAAAAUCAGAUGAAAGUU